AUGACUGAAAAAAAAAUCCAGCACGCUGGUCCGAGCUUACCUCCAACUUUAGAAAAAGCCCGCUCACCAGCGACAACAGAUGACGAGGGCGUUGCCUCCAAAAUAGUCGGUCCGAGUCGACCACCAACUCAGUCGAACGCGGAUAGCGAGCAGGAGGCCCAGGACAGUGACGAUAGCAGUGACGACGAUUUUGGUCCUCAGUUACCACCAGCUGGCGGUCCAAAGUCUGGUCCUUCCUCACACGAGGCAGAGUCGAAGCGUCCACCGCGCGUGCACGAUGGAGACACAGAGAAUCCGGCAACGAAGAAAAGACAGAGGGACGAUUGGAUGCUUGUCCCUCCGGAAAACUCCUCAUGGGCAUCUGGGCCGAAUCCCGCCGCUCUGACGAAUCGCAAAUUCAUGUCGGGAAAAUCAACUCGCGGCGGUAGAAAUACGGACGGAGCAGGCUCAGUAUGGACGGAGGAUCCAGCUCAAAAACGGCAGAGACUCGAAAAUGAACUUUUGGGUAUCAAGUCAGAGUCAAGUGCAAGAUCCGCGGGAUCUAGAGACCUGUCAUCCAGGACAAACUCGGCCACUGCAGAUAAACUGAAGUCGCUCACUGACAAGGGCGGCAAAUCGUCAUUGUAUGAAAGUCACCAAAAGGAUGUUCAAAAGCCGAAGGAAGACGACCCCAGCAAGCGAGCCUUCGACUACGAAAAGGACGUUGCUGGAAAGACGAGCAUAUCGAGCGGAGCACGUAAGAAGUUGUUGAACCAAGCUUCUGAUUAUACAUCCAGAUUUUCUGGCGGUAAAUACAUUUAA